AUGAGUCUGGUGGGGGGCUUCCCCCACCACCCGGUGGUGCACCAUGAGGGCUAUCCGUUCGCCGCCGCCGCCGCCGCCGCUGCCGCCGCCGCCGCCAGCCGCUGCAGCCACGAGGAGAACCCCUACUUCCAUGGCUGGCUCAUCGGCCACCCCGAGAUGUCGCCCCCCGACUACAGCAUGGCCCUGUCCUACAGCCCCGAGUACGCCAGCGGCGCCGCCGGUCUGGACCACUCCCAUUACGGGGGGGUGCCGCCGGGCGCCGGGCCCCCGGGCCUGGGGGGGCCGCGCCCGGUGAAGCGCCGGGGCACCGCCAACCGCAAGGAGCGGCGCAGGACUCAGAGCAUCAACAGCGCCUUCGCUGAACUGCGCGAGUGCAUCCCCAACGUGCCCGCCGACACCAAACUCUCCAAGAUCAAGACGCUGCGCCUGGCCACCAGCUACAUCGCCUACCUCAUGGACCUGCUGGCCAAGGACGACCAGAACGGCGAGGCGGAGGCCUUCAAGGCGGAGAUCAAGAAGACAGAUGUGAAAGAAGAGAAGAGGAAGAAGGAACUGAACGAAAUCUUGAAAAGCACAGUAAGCAGCAACGACAAGAAAACCAAAGGCCGGACGGGCUGGCCGCAGCACGUCUGGGCCCUAGAGCUCAAGCAGUGAGAAGGAGGAGGGAGAGGAUAGAGGAGGAGGAGGAGAAGAAGGAGAAGAAGAGGAGGAGAGUGCGAGCCGGGCCCAGGAGCCGGAUGCAAACCCAGGACUCCGGGCAAGCUCCGCGCGCUCCGCUCUGAGGACUUCCUGCAUUUGGAUCAUCCGGUUUAUUUAUGUGCAAUGUGCCUCCCUCUCUUUGCCCCCCUUCGAGGCAUCCGCUCCCCACCUUCCCCUCCAAAAACAAAGUGGAUAUUUGAAGAAAAGCAUUCCAUAUUUUAAUAUGAAGAGGACACUCCCGCGUGGUAAGGGAUCCCGGCGUCUCGUAGAUUCUCUGUUUGUGAAUGUUUCCUCCUGGCUGUGUAGACACCAGCGGUGCCCUCUCCCCAACCCCUUCCAGAUAAAGACAGCGGACAAUA